GCAGCUAGUGCUAGUCAAGUGUUCAUCCAUGGUCAUCCUUGUUUCUGUUUGUGCCUUCGACAUCAUCGUCUUUUUACUCCAUGUUUUGGGAGAACACUGCAAUAAAAAGGAGCUUUGGAAGCUAUACCCUGACUCAGUGUCUACCUUAGCAGGAGUUAGGCUUACUGCUGAAUUGGUGUUAGAAACACACACAAGGAGAGCAGGAAAGUAAAAAGACGAUACGCAGCUGGCAACACAAUACACAGCAGCAGACUACAUGAACAUGGACAACGAUCAGAAGAAAAAUACUACAACAAAAGGCUUCAAGUCAUCUCAAAGUGGAUCGUCGGUCAGUCGUAAAAGCUCUAGCUCGACCAAAUCAUCAGUCAGCGCUGCUGCUGCAAAGGCAAGAGCCAAAGCAGAGGCUGCUCGUGCACGUGCAGCAUUUGCAGAGCGUGAAAUCAGUAUCAAGGUGAACAAAGCAAGACUAGAAGCCAGCCUCGAUGCCUUGCAAUUGGAAAGAGAAGCUGCAGCUGCUAAUGCCCAGGCAGAAGCUUUAGAGGCAGCAGCGGAGAUUGAGGAAGAGGAGCUCCGUAGCAAAAGGAGCUUCCCUGUCGUGGAGCAAGACACACAAGAACGCGUAAGCGAAUAUGUUCGUGACCAAACUACACGUUUUGACAAGCUCCCUGAACCUGUAGUCUUCUCAGAGACCGCAGAGCGAUCUAUUGAGCCUCACCUUAACGCGCCAACACCAUAUGUUCACAAAGAAGAAGAAUAUAUUAUGAAAGAUUCUUGGCCAGCCCCACCUCAACUUCAACAGAGACCAACAUCACUUCAGAGUUCUCAGCCAAUACAUGAAUCUAAAUCAUCAGUCCAACCGCACACCCAAGAGAAUUUCCAAGUCAAAAGAGAGAAAGACACUUACAACACCAAUCCCACAUCCAAGCUAACUUUCCCAAAGUACUCUGACACAUCUCACAUGUACCGAACCAGUCCAGAGUCUUCAGUUAUGUUGGACAUGGCAAAGUACCUGGCACGCAAAGAACUUGUUUGCACGGGCCUAUCAAACUUCGAUGAUCGUCCUGAAUCGUACAGAGCAUGGAAGUCCUCCUUCUUCAACACGAUCAAAGAUUUGGAUCUGACAGCUAGCGAACAGUUGGAUCUGCUUUCAAAAUGGCUUGGAAAAGAAUCAUCUGAACACGUGAGACGUCUGAGAGCAGUUAACAUUGGCAACCCAAAUGCAGCUCUACGAACAGCUUGGGAAAGACUUGAUGAAUGUUUUGGCGCUCCAGAAGUCAUUGAAAAUGCGCUUUUCGCAAAGCUCGACAACUUUCCUAGAAUCUCGAAUAAGGACAGCCAAAAAUUAAGGGAACUUGGAGACCUUUUAAAAGAGUUAUUGUCAGCAAAAGAAGAUGGAUACCUGUCAGGCUUGGCAUUCUUGGACACUGCUCGUGGCAUAAAACCAAUCGUGGAAAAAUUGCCAUUCAGCCUGCAAGAGAGAUGGCUUUCUCAGGGAUCAAUGUACAAGCAAGAUCACAAGGUCAGUUACCCGCCUUUUUCUUACUUCACCUCCUUUAUCUGCUACCAAGCUAAAACAAGGAAUGAUCCCAGCUUUACCCUUUCUGGAAACAACCUAACAUUUGAAAGAGCAAUGCCGAAACAUAAAGCUCCUAGAACAGUGGUUUCAGUGCACAAGACAAAAGUUUCUACUGAUGUUAAACAAGAUGAAACAGCUUCCGAAGAGGACGUGUCGAAGCAAUGUCCAAUCCAUAAAAGGCCUCACCCUUUAAAGAAAUGUCGGGGCUUCAGGCUAAAAACUCUUGCAGACAGAAAAGCAUACUUAAAGGAACAAGGCAUUUGUUUCAAAUGUUGCUCAUCAUCCUCCCACCCAGCUCGUGAUUGCAAAGCACACCUGAAAUGUGACGAGUGUGACAGUGAAAAUCAUAUAACGGCUCUUCACCCUGGUCCACCACCAUGGGCAGCUAGAGUCUCAAAUUCCCCGAAGAAUGAUGGCGGGGAGUCAGAGUUGGAGGAAACCACGAGAACUCCAGUCGUAAGUUCUCUGUGCACCAAAGUGUGCGGGGAUCAUCUCAAAGCAAAGUCGUGCUCAAAGAUCUGCCUCGUUAAAGUAUAUCCAGACAAUCAACCAGAGAAAGCCGAAAAAAUGUAUGCCAUGCUCGAUGACCAGAGCAACAGAUCUCUAGCUCGGUCACAGUUUUUUGACAUCUUCAAAAUCGAGACAGACGCAUACCCUUACACCCUCAAAACAUGUGCUGGCUUAGCCACAGUCUCUGGCAGGAAAGCAACCGGCUACCAUAUCGAAGCAGUUAAUGGUGGCGUUAACUUGACGCUGCCAGAACUCACAGAAUGUGACGAUUUACCAGACAAUCGUGACGAAAUACCAACUCCAGAGGCUGCUCUCCACCACCCCCAUCUAAAAAGUAUUGCCAACGAAAUCCCAGCCUUGGACGACAAUGCCCAGAUCCUUCUUCUGCUGGGUAGGGACAUUCUUCGCAUUCAUAAAGUGAGGCAGCAGAUUAAUGGUCCUGGAGAUACUCCUUUUGCGCAAAGACUUGAUCUUGGAUGGGUGCUGGUGGGUGACGUGUGUUUGGGAAAAGUCCACAAGCCUAUCAUUCACAGCUACAAAACAAAUGUACUAGAAGAUGGAAGACCUUCGCUGUUCAGGCCAUGCACGAGCCACAUCAAUCUCAAGCAAGCGACCAGUCCCAGUUUCGUCAAUGGUCUUUCUCACAGUUCACCAGAUGACUCGCUUGGCCUUACAGUUUUUGCAAGGACUGACAAUGACGACAAGCGAGCCUUCUCCAUCGAAGAUGAACAGUUCAUCAAAAUAAUGAAUGAUCAAGUUUUCCAAGAUGAGUGUAACAGCUGGGUGGCACCUCUCCCUUUCAAGACACCCAGACCUCCCUUAUCAAACAACCGAGAGCAAGCUAUGACCCGCCUUUCAUCUCUGAAACGCACUCUGGAACGGAAGCCAAAGAUGAAAGAACAGUUUGUCACCUUUAUGCAAAAAAUCUUUGACAACAACCAUGCUGAACCAGCCCCUCCGCUACAAAAGGGAAGAGAAUGUUGGUACUUACCAAUGUUCGGAGUCUACCAUCCCAGAAAACCUGGACAAAUCAGAGUUGUGUUUGAUUCUAGUGCACAAUCCAAUGGCCUCCCACUCAACAAUGUCCUGCUCACCGGGCCAGACCUGAAUAACAGUCUCAUUGGAGUUCUCAUUCGCUUCAGGAGGGAGAAAAUAGCUGUUAUGGCAGACAUCGAACAGAUGUUCCAUUGUUUUGUCGUAAGAGAGGACCACCGAGAUUACUUGCGCUUCCUCUGGUUCCGAGAGAACGACCCAGCAAAGACAUUGUCGAAUACCGGAUGAGGGUACAUGUAUUUGGCAAUAGCCCUUCCCCAGCCGUGGCCACCUACUGUCUCAGAAGAGCAGCCCAGCAGGGAGAACAGCAAUACGGGUCAGACACCAGACACUUUGUGGAGCGAGAUUUUUAUGUCGACGAUGGCCUGGUCUCAACACCCACCGAAGAGGAAGCAAUUGCUCUGCUGCAAAAGACGCAAGCUUCUCUGUUGGAGUCAAACUUGAGACUCCACAAGAUCACGUCUAACAGUGUUAGAGUCCUGACAGCAUUUCCAGCAGGGGAUCAUGCUAAAGACAUUAAAGAUCUCUAUCUCGGAACAGAAACGGCGCCCACCCAAAGAAGUCUUGGUUUGAGCUGGGAAAUCAAAAUAGACACUUUCACCUUCCAAGUGUCAGUCAAUGACAAGCCAUUCACACGUCGUGGGAUUCUUUCUACAAUAAACAGUCUUUUCGACCCGCUUGGCUUUGUUGCUCCUGUGACCAUUCAAGGAAAGUCACUAUUGAGAGAGCUUACUCUUGAAGGAACUGAAUGGGACGUUCUUCUUCCCCAAGAAAAACUUAAAGUGUGGGAAACAUGGAGAGAUUCUCUUCAGGAAUUGCAACAUCUUCACAUUCCUCGUGCUUAUACCACCACUUCUCCUUCCAAGGCAAAGCAAAAGGAGAUCUGCAUCUUCUCUGAUGCCUCUACAAAGGCUAUUGGUGCUGUCGCAUACCUCAGAACAACUAACGAGGAUGGCCAGAUCCACGUGGGCUUCAUCUUAGGAAAAGCCAAACUUUCUCCUCCCAGCGAACCCACCAUUCCCAGACUGGAACUUUGUGCGGCAGUGCUAGCUGUAGAAAUGGCUGAACUCAUCGUUCAAGAGAUCGAUCUUCCACUUGACGCAGUCACCUUUUAUUGUGACAGUAAAGUGGUGCUGGGAUAUAUACAUAAUCAGUCAAAACGUUUCUAUGUGUAUGUCCACAACAGAGUUCAAAGGAUCCGGCAAUCCACAGACCCAAAGCAAUGGCGGUACGUGCCUACGGAACACAACCCAGCUGACCAUGCCUCCAGAUCGGUUCAAGCUUCCAUCCUCACACAAACCAACUGGUUCACAGGUCCAGCCUUUCUAUACAAACCACAAGCAGCCACUGAGCAUCAACAGUCAUUUGAAAUCAUCGAUCCAGACUCAGAUGUGGAGCUCCGACCACAAGUAACAAGUUGCGUGACGGGCCAAAGAGACAAGCGCUUCGAUCCAAAGAGAUUUGAAAGAUUCUCAUCUUGGAAGUCCUUGCAAAGAGCGGUGGCAACUCUUCUCCAUGUAACUCGUUCUUUUAAGUCAACAGACCAGGAUGUCACUGUAUGUUCUGGAUGGCACCAGUGUUCAAAGCCUCACAGUGUCGAUGAGUUGUCAAAAUCAUCUGAAGCCAUCCUUCGUGCUGUACAAAGAGCCUGCUUUUCUGAAGAAUACGACUCCCUCUCCAAGGGGCAAGACGUUAACAAGAAAAGUUCAUUGUCAAAACUAAAUCCUGUUAUAGCCCCAGAUGGCUUGUUGAGGAUUGGAGGGAGACUGAAGCUGGCAGAUCUCAGCGAUCCUGAAAAACAUCCAAUCAUUCUGCCAGGUAAACAUCAUGUGUCCACAUUGCUCAUAAGACAUCAUCACGAACGGGUUGAACACCAAGGCCGAAGUUUCACAGAGGGCGCUGUACGAGCCGCUGGCAUUUGGUUGAUUGGUGGUAAGAGACGCAUAAGCAGUAUUUUACAUGGAUGUGUCACCUGUCUUAAACUUCGUGGAAGAAGAGAGAGGCAGAAAAUGUCGGACCUUCCCCAAGAACGGUUGAGCACUUCACCUCCCUUUACAUACACUGGUGUGGAUGUCUUCGGUCCCUGGUUUGUGACAGCAAGGCGCACAAGAGGAGGCUUAGCUCAAAGUAAACGAUGGGCUGUUCUGUUCACAUGCUUGAGUACCCGCGCCGUCCAUAUAGAGGUGAUUGAGUCCAUGGAUACUUCCUCCUUCAUCAACUCCCUGAGAAGGUUCUUUGCAAUCCGUGGCCCUUCUCAACAGCUACACUCAGACCGUGGAACCAACUUCAUUGGUGCUUGUAAAGAGCUGGAGUUUGAGAAAGUUCUGAAGGAAUCAGAGGUCCAAACAUACACCAACAGUAAAGGUUGUUCAUGGCAUUUCAAUCCACCUCAUUCCUCACACAUGGGUGGUGCGUGGGAACGCAUGAUCGGAGUCGCAAGGAGGAUUUUGGAUUCAAUGCUGAUGCGUACUCACUCCUCAAGUUUGACCCAUGAAGUCCUGUGCACUUUUAUGGCAGAGGCGACAGCCAUUAUCAACUCUAGACCGCUUGUUUCUAUUUCAUCUGAUCCAGAUGCUCCUCAGAUACUCACACCGGCAAUGCUCCUUACUAACAAACAAAGUAUUCUACCUCCAGCUGGGAAGUUCACCGACAAAGACUUGUUCAAGCAGCAGUGGCGCCAGGUACAAAGGUUGGCUGAUCAAUUCUGGAGUCGCUGGAGGCGCGAAUACCUGCACACUCUGCAAGUUCGACACAAAUGGCAGGAAUCCAGACCUAACAUUGAAGAUGGGGAUGUCGUUAUGUUGAAGGACAGUAAAACGUGUCGUAACGACUGGCCCAUGGCCCUUGUGACUAAGACCUUUCCUGGACGUGAUGGAAGAGUUCGCAAGGUCGAGAUGAGAGUUGUUAAAGAUGGAUCCAUGAAGAAGUUCUUUAGACCAGUUACAGAGAUUGUUCUGCUUCUGAAAAGGCAGGACUGAAACAUUUAACUGUAGGAUGUUUUAGUUCGAAGUGUGGCAUCUUGUCAGAUACCAGGCGGGGAGUGUUCUGCCCCGAAACUUGUCUGUUCGGUGUUCGACAGAUAGACUUUUAUUUUGAAGGCGAUGUCUAGCAGGAAGUCGGCCGUCGGCCAUUUUUGUCGUAAUCACAACAAGCCGUGGGCAGCUAGUGCUAGUCAAGUGUUCAUCCAUGGUCAUCCUUGUUUCUGUUUGUGCCUUCGACAUCAUCGUCUGUAAGUUUCCAUUUAUAUUUUAAAGCUCUAUCAUAUUUUCGUAUUAUUUAUGAGGAGUCUUUAUUGAAAGUACGAAUGUUUAUGUCGUAUUUUUUCCGUAUCGCUUUUCAGUUUUACUCCAUGUUUUGGGAGAACACUGCAAUAAAAAGGAGCUUUGGAAGCUA